AUUUCUCCCCGGACCCAUAAGAAAGCUGCCCAACUUACGACUACCAAAAUUUUUUAAUUAUUCUUUUUUCCCUCUCCCUUCGAAGCCACCGUCCCCGAACUUACCAACAAUGGCGGCUUUACGACCUUCUCCCCGCUUCGCGGAACGAUUGCUAGCACGAACACGGCUCGCGUCGCCAACCAGUCCGAGGCUUUUGCCGAUGCCGACAAGCCAGAUAUGUAGUAGCAGCGCACGGUUCUACUCGAGCGACGCGCCGCCCCCACCGCCUCCGCUGCUGAAGAAGUUCAAGAGUGAUCUCAAGGCGGCCAUGCGAGCCAAAGACGCCCCGCGCCUCUCGGCCAUCCGCUCCAUCCUCAACGCCGUAACCAACGCCUCCAAGACCAAGUCCCCGAUAACCAGCGACGUGCAGCUCGUCUCGCUGCUGCGCAAGUCCAUCAGCCAGUCCGUCGAGGCGCGCGACUCCUUCGCCAACGCCGGCCGCGACGACCUCGUCUACACCGAGAACGCCGAGAUCGCCGUCCUGGAAGAGUACCUCGCGCAGAGCGGGGUGAAGACGCUCUCCCCCGAGGCGCUGGCCGGCGUCGUAGCCGGCGCCGUCGAGGCCGCGGGCGGGAGCGGCGGCGGCGGCGGCGGCGGCGGCGGUGCCGAGAAGGCCAUUUUUGGCGCCGUCAUGAAGACGCUCUUUGCGCCGGGCGGCCCGCUCGACGGCGUGGACGUAGAUAAGGCGCAAGUUGCUGAGCUUGUUAAGGAGAGCGUGGCCAAGUAAGCUGAAUAAACUAAGGAGCCACCCUCUUUGACCAAUAUCCUACUCGAUACGAGCUUCGAUCUGCUCUGGCUUGAUAUGGUGCUUACCUGAGGCUAAAAGGUACUUGGGGCCAUGAAGAUAUGCGAUAUGUAUAUUAACGCUGUACGACGGUGAUGAGAAAAUGCGCUUACUAUCGCAUCGGGUCGGUUGGCGUAUAAAAAGUCUGGUAGACUACAUCUUCACUCUAUAGAUAUUCUAAGGACGUACAUAUCACAUGAAGCCCCUAAUUUUAUUUGCUCAUCGAGAUAGU